AAGCAACACAAACCGGAAAAUGGAGCAUCUUCUUCAUCGGAACGAAACAAAAUAGCUCACUUGCGAAUCAGAGAGAGAGAGAAAGCUUCGAGUCGUGGCUUUCGCGGCGCAGAAUCUCGUGGGAGAGAAUCGGCUCCAUGAAGGUCAGAGCUGGGUAUUAGCAGAAAAGGUUUUAGCUUCAUCUGUCGAAGAAGAAGGCGUUGAUGUUAUCAAUCCCUAAUACAAGAAUGUGGAAUCUAGCAUCGACUUAUCUCACCGGAAACAUCGGACCAAAAAACGAAACAAGAAAACCAGUCAAUGCUCAUGCGGAAUGUUCAGAUGACGAUGCAUCAUCUGUAGGCAGCAAAGAGCAAGGCCUCGAGUGUCCUAUUUGCUGGGAAUCAUUCAACAUAGUCGAAAACGUUCCUUACGUGCUAUGGUGUGGCCACACAAUGUGCAAAAACUGCAUCUUGGGACUUCAAUGGGCUAUUGUGAAAUUACCUACUCACCCUGUUCAGCUUCCUCUCUUCAUCUCAUGCCCUUGGUGCAACCUAUUGUCUUUCCGUCUUGUCUUCAGAGGAACUCUCAGGUUCCCUCACAAGAACUACUUUGUGCUUUGGAUGGUCGAGAGGAUGAACGGCGAGAGACGCAACUCAUCAAGCAGAGAUCAAACCGAUGGGAACAAUGACCAUACGAGAGGGGAAGCUCCAUGUCUCCACCAUCGCCAUCAUCGCACUCAACUUGAACCAUCAGGUUCUGAUCAUGGUCAUCGCAUUCCAAGGGAUAACAUACAGACUUCGCUGAGGAAGUCUCUCGUCUUCUUUGUCCAGUUGACAGCAAAGUUCCCCUUGGUUGUCAUAUUUCUGCUGAUAAUACUCUAUGCAAUACCGACCAGUGCAGCAAUAUUGGCCAUGUACAUUCUAGUCACUCUCUUGCUGGCUCUACCGUCGUUUCUCAUCCUCUACUUUGCUUAUCCUUGUCUUGACUGGCUCGUCAGGGAGAUUGUCACAUGAGCUUUCUAUUUAUUCGACGACUUUUCUACAACAGCUUAGUCCUAAGACCCGUCCGUCCUCCAUGUAAGUAAAUAAUGAUAAUAACGUAAUUACCGGCUUUCUUUUAUAUAGAUGUAGUUUUUGGUUUGCUUUGUUGCUCAAUGGAAGUGCAUGUGUUGUAAGAGCUCUUCUUGUAGGAACUUAUAGUAUUGUGUAGUAUUUGAGGAUCUGCCUGUGAUUGCUUGAGGUUUGUCUUUAUAAGAUUUGUGUGUAUAAAUAUUCUUACCUCCUAAGUAAAAGAAAUAUCAUUGCAUCCACACUU